AUGGCGGCGCGCGCACGGCUGUCCUUGCUUCUCAUCCAAAACUCUCCCCGUUUGACAAACCACAGACUUGUCCACAGCGAAGCAGUCCUAAAGGAGCCCGUGUACCCGCCAGUGGUUGCGUCCCUCACGGCUAAAAGCAAAUCAGCACAACGCAGAAGAGAGGAGGAGAGAAUAAAGCAAAAAUGUGCUGCGAGUGUGGAGGACAAGCUCAAACUAAUCACAUCCGUGCAGCGCAUGAAAUAUGUGAUUUAUCCACAAACAUUUUCCCGCGGCGCAGAUAGAUGGUACCAGACCUACACCAAGACCGCGUACAUCCCUGGUUUACCGGAUAAAUUCACCGCGAACCAAGAGGACACACCCGGGAUCAGUGAGGAUGUCCUGGCCGAAGCGCGUUCUCUCAUUUCGAAUGUGAUUUUGCAAGAGCGCUGGUUUCAUAUCACCAAGCGCCGUCCUUUUCUCUACAGGAACCAGGAGCUUGUUUUUGGGCCAUUGCUGAGGAAUUUAGUGUCUGGUCUGACGCACAGUUUGGCCAAAUGCAACCCACUGCUGCUCCACUCCAGUCUAGACCUGGGUCCACAGGUGAACUUCUACUGGAGGAGAGGAGAGCGCAUCAUCCCUAGAGGACACAGAAACGGACGAGUGGAGCCGCACCGGUUCCAGAUCGAUGACCAGCCGCACAGUCAGAUCCGCGUCACACAACCACUGCCACAGUUCGCUCCGAUGGAAGACUCAUUUGCAACAGAAGUCCCAGAGAUCAACUGUGCUCCUGACAUGAUGCCUAUGUUCAAAAGACAGUAUGAGAACCACAUUCACACAGGGGCCAAACUCCCAGACCCUUGUUGCUAUGGCCACACGCAGUUUCACCUGGUUCCAGACCGUUACCACAGAGACCGCAUGAGUCGCAGACAAGAGUGGGACCAGAUUGAGGUGUUUCUGUGCGCGAAUGCUAUGGCCAGUCUGUUUGCCUGGACUGGGGCUCAGGCCAUGUACCAAGGUUUUUGGAGCCAUCAGGACGUGACCCGCCCGUUUGUGUCGCAGGCCGUGAUCACAGAUGGAAAGUUCUUCUCUUUCUUCUGUUACCAGCUCAACACUGUGGCCUUGUGCGCUCAGACCGAUGUGGACAAUCCCAGAAAGAACCUGCUCUGGGGCACGGACAGCCUGCAACUGUACGACGACAUACAGGACGGACAAGUGGUCGGCAUGAACGAUGAAGUCAUUAAGCUCCUCAUUCAAUUUCUGACAAACAGAACGUAG